UUUCCCCCCCACAAGCUGCAGGCUCACAGGGUUGCUGCAGAAGGAGUGGUUCUGAACGAGGUUCAAAGUGUUCACUGGAAUUUCAGCCAGCGUUUUUCAUCGCCGCGGCAUUACCCCACUUCCAGUGGUCUUCGCAAUUAUCAAUGGGACUGAGUUGGCAACUCUGACAGGAAAUCCACAGAUCAGCGCAGCGUUGAGGACGCACGGCCGUAAACAGCAUUCUUUAAGACCGGUGGGUGUUGGUCGCACGCGGCAGGGAUGGGUACAGUGCUUUCCCUAUCUCCAACAUCACGGAAAGGAGCCGUUCAAGAUAAAACGAACGCGGCAGGUGGGAAGACGGACAAAACCCUUAAGCGACAUUCUGAUCUGAUAUCAGCCCUCACAUGGAAGCGACUGGUUUCUGCUUCGGCCAAGAAAAAGAGUACCAAGAAAGUUGGUCCGAACCCGCCACCGGCGCAGGCUAAAAACAACCAAGUCGAACACCUAAAUAAUGAAAAUUUAAAGAAAUCUCAGCAGUCGACUUCAGACCAGAAAGGGUCGCAUCGGGAUCACAAGACAGUACCGCUGGCGGUACCGGUACCGACCGUUCCGGAAAAGAGCAUACAUCAAGACCAAACCCAAAAUCUGCUACAGAAUGGCAAACAGAUUGUAUCGGUCAAAAAGCAGUCUAGCGACCAGUCUCUGCUAUCGCCAAUACGCGUAGUUGUUCAGGCGUCAACCGGAGAGUUGCUGCGCUGUUUGGGAGAAUUCAUGUGUCGUAGGUGCUUUAAAUUGAAAGAGCUAACCCCCAGUGAGGUUAUCCUGUGGUUUCGAAAUGUGGACCGAUCCCUCCUGAUGCAAGGCUGGCAAGAACAAGGAUUCAUUACACCCGCCACCCUUGUGUUUGUCUAUCUGCUUUGUAGAGAAGCCGUGACCAGCGAAGUCGACAACGAAAAUGAACUUCAAGCCACCUUCCUGACCUGCCUCUACUUGGCUUACUCCUACAUGGGAAACGAGAUUUCAUACCCACUGAAACCCUUCCUUGUGGAAGCUAACAAGGACAUCUUCUGGGACCGAUCCCUGGAAGUCAUUGAUAAAAUGAGUGCCAAAAUGUUGCAGAUCAAUUCGGAUCCACAGUUCUUCACCGAGGUAUUUCAGGACCUCAAAAACGAGGGAGAAUCAGGGGAAACGAAGAGCAAAGUGACACAUAUCCUGGACCGCUAAAAAAUGAGCGGAAUUAGGAUAGAAAUCGAAUCUCCCUGCAACCGUAAAACGGGUGGGUGAAAGUGAAGCCCAGGGAAUGGUAACAUGCACUAGAGCCGAUGAAACAAACCUGACUUGGGCCAUCCCCGUUUGCGAUAGGACAUGUAUCGUGUUGUUUCUGUGUAAAAUAUAACCCCGUGCUACUGUGAAUCACAGUAAAUUGGGGUACGUGGUAAGGGGCAGGUCAAUAAAUGCAUGCCUAAAGUAUUCUAAUUGUUCCUUAAUUGUGGCUUUAAAAUGGCUGGAUGAUGGAGGGCAACACUUAAGAAUGUAAAAAUGUUAGCACUGGAUAAAAUGUUAGUACGUCAGUGUUUAGGUAACUUAUUUAUAUAUUUAUUUCAGUUUGUGGAGGGAGAAUGUAAAGGAAGAGCAGUAUUUUGUACGCGGAGCUAUCCAAGGUGCUGGCCUUCAACGGACACAUUGCACAUGUAUUGUGUUGUUGAACCUUAUGCUGUCUAUUUGAACUUUGAAUGUAAAAAGACAGAACAAUGUUACUCUAUCCUACGUGCCAACUGUUAUAGUAUAAAACGUAUUGUUUUAUAUUGUAUAUUGUAUAUUUAAAACAAAAUACAUCAUACGUGCAAAUUAACCAGUGCUCCUGCAUUUGAAUUCUUUUGUACUCACACUUUUGUGAGACCAACAUACAACCUACCUUUUUGCUGGUAAUGAACAUUUCGAGCUCACUGUGCAUGGUUACAUCUGUGCUCAGGUUACACUUUGGCAUAUUUGUAGCCAUCGUCAUUUUCAGAUGGAUUUAUUUGCUCUUAUACAUUUAUCUUGCUACAGUGUAGUCAGUUUCACUGCUCAUAAAUAUGGAGAUAUGGCUUGACCCUUUUGCUUAUUAGUGAGCAGAGGCAAAAAUAAGAACAAAAAAGGUCAUUUGAAAUGAGUUGAGUUUUUGAUGAGUUGAAAAUGGGAAAUAUACAAACACAAAACAAGUUUCUCAUCUUCAUAUAAAUUCAUUGAAAAAUGUUUUUAUUGUUGUGUGGGCACACCUGUUUAAACCUCACUAGAUUUUGACUCUAGUUCGUAUAUUUGUUUCACAUGAAAAUUGUUUACAUUCAUCUUGGCUGAGCCAUAAAUGACAAUUUAAAGGAAGUAACUUUGUUUUUGUACAAGGUUUUUAGCUUAACUUGCAAAUCUUUGUAGUUGAACUUAGAAAUAAUCACUCUUACUAAGAGAAAAGUCUGUAGCAAGGCAUUCUAGGAAUAUUGAUAUUAUUUAAAUGAAAAAUGUAAACGUAUAUCUGUUCAAAUAAAAUAUCAGAAUCAACAGAA